CCCCGACCGCCGCCGCGAACAUGUGCAGCGGAGCCGACGGAGGCUCCUGGCCGCUGGCCAAAGACGCGCCCGCCGUCACCGCCGCCGCCAUCGACCACUACCGCCUGCAGCUGUACAACUACGCCGUCGCCGAGCGCCUGCGCCUGUACCCGCCGGCGCCGUGCUACGGGCCCUACGCGCCCCGGCUCGCGCUGUCCAUGUCCCUGCUCCAGCAGCGCGCGCUCCAGCCGGAAGAGCCGAAACCGCAACACAGCUACAUCGGCCUCAUCGCGAUGGCCAUCCUGAGCUCACCGGAACGCAAGCUCGUUCUCUCCGAUAUCUAUCAGCACAUAUUGGACAACUACCCCUAUUUCAGAUCUCGAGGUCCCGGGUGGAGGAAUUCGAUUCGGCACAAUCUGUCGCUGAACGACUGCUUCGUAAAAGCGGGAAGAUCUGCGAAUGGAAAGGGACAUUAUUGGGCGAUUCACCCGGCUAAUGUUGAGGAUUUUCGUAAAGGUGAUUUCAGAAGACGCAAGGCGCAGAGGAAAGUGCGGAAACAUAUGGGACUGGCGGUGGACGACGACGGUGAGGAUUCACCGUCACCACCGCCACAAUCACCCCCGCCGACAACUUUGGCGCUACCUUUUUGGGGUAGUGGAAGAAUCCCAGGUGGAGCGCAAGCACGGAAGCGGCAGUUUGAUGUAGCUUCGUUACUUGCGCCCGAUGAUGCUCCGGAAAAACGUGAACGGAGAGACAGCAGUGCAGAAGAAGAGGUCGAGGAAGAUAUUGAUGUCGUAGCGAGUGACCAGGAAGAAGUGCGAUCGAUGGAGGAGGAAACGCGGCCGCCGUUGGCCCCGGCUGCUCACUAUCCGUUGUUGGGAGGCUGGUGGCCCGCGCUGGACCCUGCUCUGCUGCAGCAGCUGCGUCGACACGCUGCACCGCACUCGCCAGCCCCGCCCAGUCCUCCAGACCAACAGCGCCCACCGGACACUUAAAUUUAAAUGCCUUUAACAAGACAUCACCACGGAAUGCCUGAACAGUGUAAAAACACAUUUGCGACGGUAUCAUGAGUGUUGUGUUAUGUAUAAAUGUGAAUAGUGAAUCAGUAUUAGUUCCCGACAAUUAUAUGUAGUGAAACAAAAUCAAUUUCUUAUUUCCUAAAGCUAUCUUGUUUUGCAGCUAUUUUUUCUAAGAAACGUCUUUAGUGCGAUGCGCACGCGUUGAACUCUUUUGUAUGCGUAUAUACUUAUUUUUUACGUUAUUUUCAUUUCAUUUCAUAAAAAUUACGAUAUUAUCAGGGUCAUAAUUUCAACUGAAAUUAAAAAUAUGAUUUUUUAUCUUUAUAAUUAUUAUAAAUCAUAUUGUUUAUACCUACCUACUUUAUAUAUUUUCAUUUAGAUAUUUUAUUUUUAUAAAAGUGUAAAUUAUUGUAAAUGUAAGUACCUACAGGCCACACUUAUGAGCACUGUCUAUACCCGUGAUCCAUGAAGCUACUUUCAAAUAAUAAUAUGUAUUUCAAAGUCUGAAAAACGACCAAGUGACUGUAGAUAUUCGUAGAUACUAUUUUGUAAAUAACGUUAAAGUAUCUACUCAUUGUUGUUAUAGUAACAUGUGAAUAUAAUGUUGUUAAUUUACUAGAAAAGUCGGAUUGAAUAGAAUAAGUAGGUAUAAGACAAGUCUAUAAAAUUCAAUAAAUAGAAAUUAUACUUA